AUGGGAAAUGGGUUUAUCAGAGAAGUAACGAAGGAUGAUCCGCGAUUGCCGACUGUCCGAGGAAUCCUCCGGCGUGGAUUGACAGUGGAAGGAUUAAAGCAGUUUAUUGUUGCUCAGGGUGGCAGCCGUGCGAUUGUCAUGAUGGAAUGGGACAAAAUUUGGUCUUUUAAUAAAAAGGUGAUCGACCCGAUUGCGCCUCGUUACACAGCAGUAGCAUGUACUGAUGGUCCUGUUCGUGUUACAGUGGUGGAUGCUGUUCGCGAAGAAUCGAAAGAAGUACCUCUGCACCCGAAAAACGCAGAUGUUGGGAUGAAAACGAUUUGGUAUAGCAAAACGGUAGAAAUAGAAGAAAUGGAUGCGAAACAAAUGAAAAUGGGCGACACUGUGACUUUCAUCAAUUGGGGAAAUAUGAAAAUUUGUGAUAUUGUGAAGGAAGACAAUAAAAUUACCGAAAUAAAAGCAAGGCUGGACUUGGAAAAUAAGGAUUAUAAGAAGACAUUAAAAGUGACGUGGAUUGCUGAGACGAAACGCGGCCCGAAAAUUCCG